GUGUCGGCUCAAAGGACGUUUGGAGGCAUCGUUAACGGUGCGGUGGAGGGUGAAGUUUAUCCGCUUUAUUCUCAAAAAUCCUGCUUUAAAAUGAGUAAAAGGAAAGAAUCAUAUCAGUCACGUAACAGCCGUCAAACACUGCAGACUGCUAAAAAUGAACCAGAUGAUACCACAAACCACCAGCAAUCAUCUUCUAACAACCCCACUCUUUCUGCAACUGAAGGCAUUGGUAUCAUUGAAAGCAUCACUCUGAAGAAUUUCAUGUGUUAUGAUUUGCUUGGUCCAAUCCAUUUUGGACCCCAUGUGAAUUUCAUUACUGGCAACAACGGGAGUGGUAAAAGUGCCAUCUUGGCUGGUUUAGUUGUAGGCUUAGGUGGAAAGGCCAGUGUUACAAACAGAAGAGUGUCAGUAAAGGAUUUUGUAAGGACUGGUGAAACGAUUUCAGAUAUAACAAUAAAACUGAGAAACAGAGGACCACAGGCUUAUAAAAGGGAUGUCUUUGGCGAUUCUAUCUCCAUUGUACAUCGGAUUACAAACACCGGCUUUCGGAAUUGCAAGUGGAAGGGCGAAUCAGGGCAAAUGAUCUCCACUACUACUACCGCUGAGGGAGAAUUAAGUGCACUUUUAAAUCACUUCAGCAUCCAGCUGGAUAACCCAGUGGUAAUUCUCAACCAAGAAAUGCGUAAACAGCUCGUGCAUUCAAAAAGCGAUUCAGAAAAGUACAAGUUAUUCCUGAAAGCGACCCUGCUCAAUCAGAUGAAGGAGGAUUGUGUACACAUCCAGAAAACACAAUCACUCAUACUCCAGCAGGUUGAGACACAAGAAAAGUGUCUGAAGGAUCUUUGGCAAGAUUUUCUUCAAAAGAGGGCCAGGUAUGAGAGCUUACCAUCCAUGACUAAGACAAUGGAGGCUUUAAAGAAUCUGUACGAACAGAGGGUGUGGAGUUUGGUCAGUGAAAAUGAGCAGUUAGUGCAGCAGUUGAAGGAAGAUAUUCAAAAGGAAGAGAAUAAUUACAAACAUCAGGAAAACCUUCAGCUCUGUCAGGCUAAAUUCAUGCAAGCAGAGAUAACUCUUCAGGGUCUCAGAAGUAGAAUUGAUAGUUUGAAAGAAGAACAAGAGUGUCUUUCAAAGGAAAGUUUGUCAAUAAAAAAAGAAAUGAAGAUAAGCCGCGGACAUUAUAAGGCGUUUGAGUUGAAGUACUUUCGGGCUUUGAACAAGCUCAGGCAGUCCCAAGAGGAACAAAGCCUUCUUCAGGCCAAAAUUAACAAAGCAAAAAUGAGUGAGCGCCUGGGAAAUAAAGACAUAGGAGACAACGGUCUGAAGGAGGAGCAUGUUGAGCUUGAACAGAAAUACUCUGAGCUGAAUGAUGAGCUUAAUACGACACGUCAGGCAGUUUUCAGCGUCAAGGAGGAGCAGCAUAAACUCUGGUCAGAAGAAAGAUGUAUCCAGCUUAAUCUUGAGGACAAACUGUGGAAGAAAAACCAGCUCAUUGACAGUCAGUUUAACAAACUGAAACUCUUUGGACAGCAUAUGCCAGACCUCCUGAAUGAUAUUGCAGAGGCUUAUUCUGCAGGACGCUUUGUGAAGAGACCCAUUGGACCAAUAGGGAGGCAUAUCAGCGUGAAGGAUCCCACGAUGGCUGUUGCUGUGGAGAGCUGUUUGCAGCAUAAUUUGAAGACUUUCUGCUGUGACAAUUACGAGGAUGAAGCAGUGCUUCUGGACCUGAUGUCUCGCUAUUACACAAAUAACACCAGGCCAAAAAUCAUCGUCUCUCUUUUCUCUGGAAAACAUCAUAACCCUACUGGAAAGAAGGCAUCUCAUCCAGAUUACCCAUGUGUGUUGGACAUAAUCAGCACAAACAGCCCAGUCAUCACCAACUGUCUUAUUGAUAUGAGACAUAUUGAAUCUAUUCUGGUCAUCAAAGACAAAAACACAGCAAGGAGGAUUAUGCAGCAAGCUACACCACCUAAAAACUGCAAAGAGGCCUUCACUGUGGAGGGUGACCAGGUGUUUCCAAACCAGUAUUAUUCAUCUUCACUCAGUGUCACCAAAUAUUUUGGACAGGAUCUUGAGACUGAAAUAAGUGUGUUGGAGUCAGAGAUAGAGAAUGACAAGGCUCAGCUGUCUCAGUUUCAACUCCAACUGAACUCGGUGACUAAAGACAUCUUGGGCAUGGAGAAGAAACUAAAAAACACCAGCAAGGCCAUAAACAGUACUACGAUCUCUAUGAAUAAAGUUAACAUGAAGAUAAAAGAGCUGGAGAAUAUUGCACAAGAGCAAACAGAGGACAUCAGCUCCUUGGAUGAAAUUUUCCUAGAGAAUCAAUGGAAAAUCAAUGCCGAACAGCAAACUGCUGAUGAAGCAAAGACCGAGCUUAACAAGCAUCACAAAGGGUUAGAAAACCUUCAAACCAAGUCCAUGCAGGUCGGACAGCAGAUUGAUCAACUUUCUGAACAGAUGGGGUCAUUUCAGGUAAAGCACUUUUCUCUUACUUACAAUGAGGAUGAUGGUGAAUGUUGUUUUGGCCCAAAGGAUGAGCAGAUGAAGCUGCAGGCAGAAAGUGUCAAACAUGAACAGAACCUCAAGAUGUUAGAAGAGAAUCUACAGAAGCACAAAGACAAUAUCCAAGCAUGGAAAUGUGAACUUGCCCAAAGAGAAUAAAAGUUAAAGGAAUAUGUAGUCAAAGCAACUGAGAUCAGCUCGGAACGGCAGCAGGUGACCAGGAGCACUAACAGUAUCGACAGCGAAAUCACUCAACUGAAGGUGUUUUUGAGGGAGCAAGAGAACAGUCAGCAGCAGGUGAUCAGGGACUAUAGAGAGGCCAAAGACCUUUACACAGAAAAAGCCUGCCAAGUCAAAUAUCUGCUGAAGUUCAUUUAUCAACUCAAAAAGAAUAUAUUUCACAGGCAGGCCAAAUUCAAAAUGAUGCGCAGGUACCUUGCUUUGAGAUGCAACUUGUACUUCCAGACCUUUCUGACAAAAAUAAACUGUUCUGGUGCCAUAAAUUUUGACCACCACAGUGAGACACUCUCAAUCUCGAUAAAUGCUCCAGGUGAGGGCAGUGGCAGCAGGAGUGACAUGAGGUUACUGUCUGCUGGGGAGCAUUCCUUCACCACCAUUUGCUUCAUGCUUUCCCUGUGGAAGAUCACGGAGUCGCCCUUCAGAUGCUUUGAUGAGUUUGAUGUCUAUAUGGACAUGAACAACCAGGAAACCUGUCUGAGGCUCCUCCUGGAGCUGUUGCAGGAGGAGCACUAUCACCAGUUUAUCUUUGUUACACCCCUGACCACAAGCAAUCUACCCCAAAGUAGCCUUAUUAAAAUUCAUCACCUUCUGGGUCCCAGAACAGUCCAGAGUCGAACAGAAGAUGAAGAUGUUUGAACUCCUUUAAGGGAAUGUAACAAAUGUUUGAAUGUUUGUGUCACUAUUUCUUAUCGUUUCCAGUAACAGCAUUUCAUGAUCCUGUUACAAAAAAAUAUAUAAUCUUAUAGGUUUGUAAUAACAAGUAUACAGCUGCAUUUGAAUUUUAUCCACUUAUCAUUUGAUUUUUUCUUCUUCCUUACCAGCAAAAGUGCAAAGUUUUUGAGAUUAAAAUAGUUUUUCAGUUGCAGUUGCUGUAAUAAGCAGAUCAUCUCGAGAAACUGCUCAUCAGCAUCUAGAAGCUUUGUGAAGGUGCUUGGUGUCUAAAUAACCAGAACCCACCAGGAAUUUAUUGUUUUAUGUAGUGGUUGGUUUAUCAUCUUAACUUUUAUUUAUUCUCCAAAAUAUAGCAGUAGUAAACCAACAGUGAGUUGAAAACUUUUACCCUGAAACUGUUUAAUGCAUGUUGUUAUGUUUCUAGGGGCUAUUUAUUCAUAUUUUUGUAAUCUAAUGUUUCACAAAAAAAUUUGAUUGUGAAGUAAAACAAUGCCACUACAGUGUUAGCUAUACAGUUAGGUCCUUAAGUAAUUUCACAGUACGACAUCAGUUUCCUGACAGUAUUUUGGCUUUGUGUUUGUCUUGUAAUCACUUUGCAUUUUCCUAAGAUGUCAUCUUCUACUGGACUUUGACUUUUACAAAUAUGUGCCUGCAGUGUGUUCUUGAUCUGGCUGACUGUUGUGAAAGGGGUUUUUGUCAGAAGUGAAACUUUUAUGUCAUCCACCAUGAUUGCUAUUCAUGUCUUCUAGGCAUUGAAUGUUUCUGGGCUCACGUGCAAACCUUUUUUAAUAGCCUGAACAGUUGAUUUGGCCACACCUAAUGUUUGAUGACAUUAAUGAUGAAAGUUUCUACUUAACUGGCAUUAUAAUGAUUUUGUAUCAGAUUUGUUGUGGUGGAGAGCCAAAACUGCUUAUGUAAAAAUCACACAUGUACACUUGCGCUCUGGAGUCACUCCAAAAAAAGACAGUUGUCAUUCAACAUCUGUAAACUGUCAGUGUAAAAAUUUUCCAUACUUGUUCCAAUAAAAUGUCAUUAUAAGCUAAUUAUGGCUCAUAUUUUUAAACAAUCUGUCCACUGUAACAUGCACUAUAUUCUAUAUGAUCUCGAGUGUCCAAUAUAAGCAUUAACUGCACCUGCUACUCAUUGUCUUUUGGAAAAGCCAUUUGAGGUUUAUUUUAAUCACUACAGAAUUAAUUUUGGGUGCAACACAUGCCACACGUAUAAAAGAAUAGUCACUUGUAUUAGGAUUUUCAUAUUUGAUAUAAACAUUUACUGGACAAAGAAUUUGACAUGGUUCUUAGACUGAAGUAUACAAAUAAUAUAGACAGUUAUGUGAGGGUUGGUUUUUAGUUAUUUUAUGGACAGAAUGGUGUAAAGCUUCUGCAGCCUCCACUAUUGGAAGUAAACUACAAGCAGACACUCAGUCCAUGCUUGCAUAGCCUGAAAAUUGGGAAGUAAAACUGUUGAAAGUGAGUUUCCACAAUAGCUUUAAUCUACAUCAUCCAGUCGCUCACUGUAAUGCACUCUUUCAAAAGCUUCAUCAAGCACCUCUCCUGAAGGUCCUGCAUCACUCAUAGUGAAAAUCAAAACACAUAGGAUGAAACCCCCACUAAAACAAAAAAAAAUUGUCCUUUUGA